GUAUGCGGAAGUUUACAUUCCGCUUGGAAAAACGUGUGGCUCAUGGCAACUGUUAGAAAAGCCGGGGCGGCGGUUUAACUGUAGCUUUUUGUGUUCCUUCUAGCUUAACAGUCCUCCAAAAUGAAUUCACUUUUAAUUACCGCCGUGCUGUCCACUUCUCCUGACCACGGCCUUUUGUUGGAGUCUCUGUCCUGGUCGGGUGACUCGUGGCCGGGGACGGAGCGGGUCGAGGCGCUGACAGCUUUCAUGGAGGGUCUCGGACCUCUUCUAACCGAGCCUAACACGACUCCGUCAUCAGCUGCGAAUAAAGAAUCUAUAAAAGAGAAAGUCGAGUCGGUGAUAUGGACAAGGUGUCUUCCUCUCCUCUCACGAAUAUCCGGGGAAGAAGGCAUGCGGUGCAGGGAGAGCACCGCUGCAGUCUGCCGGCUUCUGAGCGUCUGUGUCCCGCUGUGUGACGACGCAGUCCCGGGGAAGUUAGCUCUGCAUGUCCUUCCUUCACUGCAGCUGUGUGUGGAGGAGCCACCGGGUCCUGGACGGCUCAGUGUGGAGGUUGCAAGCGAAGUAAUGUCUGCUCUGAUACCUUCUCUGUCAGCUGAUCUGUCACUCACCAUCCUCACAUCUGCUCUAUCCUGCAUCAAAACACUCCCUGAUGCAAUGGUGUCCAAAAUCACAGUCCGGCUUCUCCUCACCACCCUGACCUGUAGCAGCAGCAGCAGCAGCGGCGGUGAGAUGUUAACACGACUCCUCACGUUGAUCCUGGAUGACCUGUGCAGCUGGCACUCCACCCACAGCUCACCUGUGGUGACAGAGAGAGCACUGCUGUGUUUGACAGCUCUGUCUGAUCACCUGCUGAAACCCCACAGCCUCCUCUCCUCCUCCUCCUCCUCCUCCUCCUCCUCCUCCUCCUCCUCGUGUGACCCUGACCCUCGGCUGUCCCUUCAGUUCUGGCGGAUGGUUCAGGAUGGACUCACGCACAGGGACGGCGUGUCCCGCAAGAGGGCGUUGUACCUGCUGAAGAUGUGUGUAGCCCUGUCAGAGCAGGGGGGGGUUGACUGCCCUGUCCCUGCAGCAGGUGAAGACGAGAUCUUGUUCCGAUGGGCCUCUAACAGGAGCAAGUUGCUCAAAGAGUUCUGGGAGGAUUAUGCGCUGGUGAUGGAGACACUGGAGGAAAACCAGGUUCACGUCGUCCGGCCAGUUCUGAACAGAAUAGACACGCUGAUCCAAACCACAGUGGACGACAGUCAAGGUGAAGCCGGCCUCUUCCACCCGUCCUGGCUGCUGUGCGUGUACCAGCGGAUGUUCCACAGUGAGAACAAAUCCUUGAUGAGGGAGGGGGUGUGUCAUCUGCUCGAGCUGCAGGUCCUGCAGCAGCCGGCCUUUGCUUUGGCCUUCUCUCAGUUCAUCGUUGGCCCUUUCAUGGAUGUUCUGUCUGAAUCUUCACUCUUCCACAGGUCAGCCGGGCAGCGUGUUGGAGAUUGUCCUGAGCUUGGGACCAAACUGGAAGUCUUCAUGAAAUCUUUCUUCAGCAGUCUUCCUUCAGAGCACAGAGGUCGUGUUUUGCUGAAGAUGAUUCAGCAGCUGAGCUCUAAACACUGGUGUGCUGUACCCCUCCUCUUCCUCGCCCAGGCUCUAUCCAAACUCCCCCCAAGUCCUCUGCUGGGGGUGGAGGGUCUCUCUGCUCUCAGGGAGGUGCUGCGCUGCACCAUGAUCACCCAUCAAGUCCUGCUGAGAGGUGCUGCUCAGUGCUUCCUGCUGGAGAGCGCCCUCUGUCUCACAGACGUGAGCGUGGUGACCCUGGAUGACCUCUUCAGUUUCCUGAUGGAUUUUCGUUCAGAUGAGUCCUUGUGUAGAGGGACGCCGAUUUGGAAUCAGACAUGUGUCUGGCUAUUGGACAACGAGGACAGCUUCAAGCCCCGGAUGAUGGAUGGAGACGGUGCUGAUGCCGACACCGAGAAAGAAACUGUGAGGAGCCACGUUCUAAACGAUGUACACAACUAUCUCCGAGUCCCAGCGAGCACAGGUCACACUGAGAAGUUACCCGACCCUAGAGAGGCUGAAAAGUUGGCCCGGGCCGUUCUGCUGUGUGUGGACGUGGAGAGGAGUCGUCUCGGGGCUGAGAUCAGUCACACUCUGGAGCCGUUACUGUCUCCUCUGCUCGACACUCUGAGCAGAGUCAGCACCAACAUCUACCUGCCCGUGCGCAAGAGUGACAAGAGCCUGCAGCUCGCGCUCCGACUGCUCCAGCUCGGAGGGAAACGGAGCUGUCAGCGGGUUGGAGAGGAGAAAGUAGACGAGGUGACGGCGUCCUUGGAGAAGCUGAUUUCUAAACUGAUGGAUCCCAUCCUGGAGUUCAUCUUGAGGCGGCUGUUCGGGGAGCUGCAGGAGCUGUUCGAUGUGGAGCGGGCCGAGCUGUACCUGUGUGUCCUGAGGACGCUGUGGGACAGUUCUGCACAACACAUCCAGAACAAAAUUCAGCAGACAUAUUUCCCUAAGCUCGUCAAGUACAGCUUGAAGGUCCUGAAGGAGCCCAGCCAGGAGAUUAACUCUGUGGCAAACCAGGUGGCUAAAGCGAUCGCCAUGGCAACUCUGGCUACAGUCUGCAAUCUUUUGGAUCAGGAUGUUAUUGUUAUACAAUCAGAGACCGUUUCUGCCAUGAAAUCACUCAAUGAGUAUUUCUAUUUCCAAACCUCACCUCCUCCUCCUCUGCUCGGAAACUUUAACAAACGGCUGCAAAAACCGCGGACAGAAGACGGCUCAAGUGAUGUAGGAGUGCAGGGUCCGCUGCUUCAGGACUGGGGACGCGUUGCUGCCAGUUUUAUGCGGGACCAGUGGGUUUGUCUGAGCUUCCUGAUGAAGACUGUUGGGUUACCGGAGUCUGCAGAAACGUCCAGACGUCCUGACGCUCUUAAAGCCGCUCUGAGCUGCAGUAUGGAGGCCCUCUCUCUGCUGCCCAGUGACCUGGUGCUGCCUGUGCUCACCUUUAUGGAGACACUUCUGCCACAAUUGGUGCUCCACGAGGAGGCUCUCUGCGUGGAGGCCGUGACCCUGAGUUGGGAGCUGGUUCAGGGGCUGAGCACCAACGCCCACGACUUCUGGCUGGCCCUGAAAGGCUUCGUCUCCAUGGCCUUCCACCAGAAACUCCUCCAGAUGACGGACAGCCAGGCUCCCACGCUCACGUCCACACUGAAACAGAUUUCCUCCGAGCUGAUGGAGCUGUCUCAGUCGAAGAGCGGCGUGUUCGGCGUGCUGCUUCAACACUGCUGUCAGACGUGGCUGCCCACAGGCGGCGACCGCGACCGCGACGACGCCGUGUUCUCAAGUGUUUUCAGCCACAUCGACAUCCUCACUGAAGCCUGCGUCUACGGUCCAGUGUUCAGGAGGGAUCAACGGCUCGUCCAGGACGUCCAAACAUAUGUGGAGCAGCUGGGGGAAGAGUGUUCAGCCAAUGUCUCCGUUUCAAGUGAUAACAGGGACGAGCAGUUUCCCCGGACGUGUGCUCUGGCGUUUCUCGUCCGCCUGGAUCCCUUUAAUCUGCCGCAGCAUCAAAGGCUCAUAGAGGAAGUCGUUCUGGAUUUGUUGAAAAAGGAUAAUGACAUAUCAAAGUCAAAAGUGCGUUACUAUAGCAACUCCCUGCAACAUCGAGUCAAAAACAGAGCAUGGCAAACGCUGCUGCUGCUGCUGCCCAAACUCAAAGAGGAGUUUAUUGCCUCCUCAGUAAAGCGCAUGUUUGAAGCUGGAUUCUGCAGCAACCAGGCCUCAGUCAAAUACCUGAUGGAGUGGAUGAUGAUCCUGAUCCUCGUCAAACAUCCUCGACACAUGGAAAGCUUCUGGGACUGCUUCAGCAUGGAUCAUGAAAAGACAAAGACGAGCGUCUGCACCUUCCUGUCAGUGCUCGUACAUUUCAACGUCAUCCUUCCUCUUCUCACGCAGAAGGCUGCACAGUUGCGUAAAGCGCUCGACAUCAUCCUGCAGUGGUGUUUCAACCACAACUUCAGCGUGCGUCUGUACGCCUUGCUGGCCCUGAAGAGGGUGUGGAGCCUGGCUAAGGAGGUCAUGGCGGAGGAAGGGGACUGUGGUUUGGGAGGUCUGUCCACUGUGAUCCAGGCCUGUUUGAACCAGGCUGAGGCCAUGCAGAACACCGGAAAUGCCAACAAGAACUGGUUGAGGAUUCAGGAGCACUUCUUCUUCGGUGCCUUUCAUCCGAUCAGGGAUCACAGCGUCGAGACCAUAUUCUAUACGUUCCCCAGUCUGUCAGAGGUGGCUGACGAUGAAUGGAUUCCUCCCUGGAAGUUCGAGGAGCAUCCGGGUUUCUCUGACACUUUACCUUUAUGUUUGAGAAAUCCCUCUCCGGACCUGAGCCGGCUGCAGCCUGGAGACUGGAUCCAGCAAGACAAAGGUGAGCAGAAUAAGGAGGACCGCUGGGCCGAGGUGCAGAAGAAGAUCACUCCCUGGAGGUUGGGGAUCCAGGAGCAGGAGCCUGAACUUCAGCUGGUCCCCCAGCAGAGGGCGGCUCGUCUGGGCAAACUGCACGGGGCCCUGCUGGUGGUCGCCUCGCUCAUCGACAAGCCUACCAAUUUAGGAGGUCUGUGCAGGACCUGUGAGAUCUUUGGUGCCAGCGCUCUGGUUCUGGAUAACCUCCGACAUGUCAGCGACAAACACUUCCAGUCCCUGAGCGUCUCGUCUGAGCUUUGGCUUCCUCUGUUAGAGGUGAAGCCUGCAGAGCUCGCCGACUUCCUGCAGAUGAAGAAGAGUGAAGGUUACUGCAUCGUCGGAGUGGAGCAGACCGCCAACAGCCAGAGCCUCCAGGACUACCAGUUCCCCGAGAAGACGCUUCUACUCCUCGGUAACGAACGAGAAGGAAUUCCCGCCAACUUGCUCCAGUUGUUGGACGUGUGCGUGGAGAUCCCUCAACAAGGUAUCAUCCGCUCGCUCAACGUGCACGUGAGCGCCGCGCUGCUGAUCUGGGAAUAUACACGGCAACACCUCACCUCAAGUUCAACUCCAGACGACUGAAAAAAAAAAGAAAAA